AUGUUGGCUCGAGGUGAAGUGAUUAUAAAACAUCAUCUUCUACGCUGCUGCUCUGUGCCCUCAAGACGUGUCCUGAUCUUCUACAGCAGCUACUGCGCUCGAAAUAUUGUGCAUUCUCCACGCGACAUCAGAAAGAUGCAGAGGUGGGCAUUUUCAGAGAUUCGUCCAGAUGGAAUUAUCGGAUUUGUUCCCGGUACAAAUGUUAUGAACCUAGCUCAAGGUAUCGCAUUGUACUUGGCACUCUACCGCGAGCUCCAUGGUCAAGGGGCGGAGGUUCCGUUCCCAGGGAAGCCUCAUGAUUACCUUUCCACGCAUAGCGAUACUUUCCAGGACAUUCUGUCUAAGAUGGAAAUUUACGCUGCGCUGAAUCGGGAUAAGUGUUCUAACGGGUCAGCGUUCAAUGUUGCAGACGGCGAAGCUGUUAGUUGGGAACAGGUCUGGCCUGGUCUCUGUUCGUAUUUCGAGCUGGUGGGCGUUAGGCCUCAGGCGGAGCAGAAGAAAAUCGAAGACUUUGUUCGUGAGAAUCAGGGCGCCUGGGAUGCUUUGGUCGAAAGACAUGGGUUGAGGAAGGGUUCUCUCAAGGCGCAGAACUGGCCUUUCAUUCACUUCAUGCUCGUCGACUUUGACUUUGACCGCGAGUAUUCACUUGAUGCUGGCCGCUCCAUUGGAUUCACCGAGCGCAUUGACACUGUCGAGGGAUAUCGAAUCGCGUUUGAUAGGAUGGCAGCUGCUAAGAUUAUUCCUUCUUCCUUUUAA